AUGGAACCACAAACUCAAAGCCAGGAGGAUCAGAUCAAGGCAGGGCUGCAAACCCUCCGAGAUGGCAUCACCCAACUUCUCCAGAGAAAGUCUCGACGUGAUAUUCUACAAGAAAAGAGGCAGGAAAUGCUAGAUGACCUGAAGAAGGAGAUCGCAGAGAUCAAGGGAUCAGCUGUCGUAAACGAAGCUGAUCGAGCUGCAUCUUUGAUGGGACGGUUCGAACAAUGGACCAAGACUAUCCGCGAAGAGUACUAUGACGAGAGUCAGGAUUAUUUGUUCAACGAGGCCGAGACCUCGACAGAAGCCCAAGCCCAAGAGCGAGCUGAGGAGAACGGCCUACCGGUGCAAAAUGCCCGGGCCGGUAACUCCAAGACGCGGCUUGCGGAUUCGCAAGACAGCGAGCGCUCCGCAAAGCGGCCAAGGAGGAGCAGACGCCAACCCGCUUCAAGGAAACGUACACCUACUCUCCCUGUCGUGACGGCCAAAAAGCAGGCAGUUGCAGAUCCAUUCGUCGGUGAACUCUACUUGGUCUCCUGGCCUGGUGCAAAGUGGUAUGCCGGGCUGGUUCUCCCAUUUGAGAAUUUGUCUCACUUUGGCCUACACGUCGACUUUGAGAUGGCAGGUCUUCUGGAGACACGACCCGCGUGUUUCCGAUAUGACGGGGAGAACAAGAAAUUCCUUGGAUGGGCAGAGGGGUACGAAGACGGCGGCCCCAUGGUUUCCCAACGAACAUUUCCGGUGUUCUACCUUGACGAUGAAGACGAUAUCAACUCAUGCACCUACGGCUGGGUAUCAGCAACUGACCUCAAGCCCUUCGACUUGAAGUUGGUGGCUUCAAGGUUUCACGAAAUGAUCCAGAAGUUUAUUGAGGCUCAACUCCGGGAUGUGGAACAGAGCCCUAUCAGUUUCCAGACGUCUUCUCUCUCCGACCCAGUCUCUCAACACAACGCAGAGCCUGUUGACUUGGGCGCGCAAAGAACCAGACAGCUGGGAGCAAGGCCUGAACUGCCGAAGUAG